AUGUUCUCGGGCCAGCUUGUAUGUACCAUUUCCUUCAGUAGGUUGAGAGUAGUAUCUGCACAUGUAGCUUUCUUGAGAUGUUCUUGCUUUGAAGUUCCAAAGUUGAUUAGAUCCAUGCUACAAUCAUCAACAUCGUAGAGACUGAUUCCAUCCACUCUGGUAUCAAGUUGGAUUUCAGCUGUGUUCUCAGGAUUCGGGAGUCUCGACAAGGUGUCUGCUAACGUCAUAUCCUUGCCAGGUCGAUAUAAUAGAUCAAAGUUGUAUCCUGUGAGCUUCAAGAACAUUCGCUGGAGUCUCGGUGGAGCCUGGUUGAUGGGUUUCUGAUGUAACAUCACAAGUGGCUUGUGAUCUGUGAUAACAUGAAAAUGGCGUCGAUACAGGUAAGUAUGAAAUCUUUGUAUUCCAUGAACAAGUGAUAAGGCUUCCCUCUCAAUGUUUGAGUAGGCUGAUUGUGUAGGUGUAAGGGAUUUCGAUGCGAAAGCGAUUGGUUUCUCCUGGAGAAGUGCUGCACCUAGUCCUUUCAUUGAUGCGUCGACCUCAAGAGUCAAUGGCUUGUCCAUGUCGUAGUAGGCGAGACAUGAAUUUUCAUUCACGAGAGUCUUCAGACGAUCAAAACAUUGUUCGUGAAUAGGUUCCCACACAUAGAUAGCAUCCUUCAACAGAUCACGUAGUACCUUGGAUUCUGAGCUGUAGUUAGGUAUGUACGAACUCAGGUAGGUAAGCAUACCAAGGAAUUUCUGUAGUUCCUCUUUGUUGACAGGUGAAGGCAUUUUCUGAAUGUCGGAUAUUUUGGCUGGAUCUGGACGGAUUCCUUUGUCGGUGUACAAGUUACCAAAGAAUGGGAUAGAUUUCUGUUUGAUCAGACAUUUCUCCGAGUUGAAGACAAGUCCUUUUUCUUUGGCUCUGGUCAUCAGCUUGAUGAGGUUGCUAUCAUGCUGCUGUUCAGUUUCACCACAGACGCACACAUCGUCGGUGAUGCCAACCACACCGGUGUAUGCUGCACUUCCUGGGAGGAUCACAGAAGGGCUCUGCAUCUGGUUUCAAGAUUGUGCCAGUCAAUGUACCAGUCUGUCAUUCAGUCAACUUUGUAAAUCAGUGAACAUUAUGACAAUCAGAAUGUUGGUCAAGUUUGUACAGUCAGGACAGUCGGUCACCCACAAUAUGUUGAAUGGGUCAGCCAAACCUUUUGAAUGAUGAUUUGGAGUAAUGUGAAAUUUGUGAUAUUUGUCCUCCUUCCCUGCGGUCAGUUGGAAUUGUGACAUUGUUCGAAAAAUGUGUUUAACGGCGGUGGUUGUUGAAUAAAUGACUGUGUACAGAAAUAUU